CGCAUUGGAAGAAAUGAUCUAAUUGUAGUUUAGGAGUGUGUGUGGCUGAACAUUCCAGUUUGGGCAAAGUAAAUAAUUCGCCUGUUCUGGCACAUCAUAUUCCUCAGGCUCUUACCUCAUGACUGAAUGAUUUUGUGUGUUUGUUUAGGACUCCAGUAGGAUAGGGGAGGCACUGGGGUUCUGCAUAGGUGGGAAUCUUUUCAUCGAGAAGGGUUUUUUCUGCCUUUCUUGUUUCACAGCUGGGUGCUCAGUGCUUUGCACACAGUUGAUUGCAUUUGACACACAGCGUUGGAAUGUCCCUGGGAUUGUGACUUAUGGCACUUACAAUUUAGGGGUGGUGAUGAGUGGGGAGAUACAGUUGAACAAGUACUUAGAAAACAAGGUAGAAUGAAGUAAAUGUCAUUUAUUUUUACAAGACAGGUGCCGUGGAAGCCAUGAGAAAGGGGAGACCAAUCUACUCCCAACCAGAGAUCAGAAUGUCGAAGAACAAAAGUGAGGAGCAAGAUAGAUGCUUAAGAGUCAGCAGGGCCUCCGGAUGUGUGAACAGCCUCCCGCCAGCUCUCCUGCCCUGUGUUACGUACGCCUGCCUGUUUUCUCUGUAAAGAUCCUCAGGGAUCUGCCUAGAAAACUUCAUAGCAUCUUGGAUGAGGAGACAGAAGGUGAGGAAGAUUACGGACUGGCCAGAGGUCACACAGCUGGAAGAAGCAGGAUCAGGAUUCACAGCCAGUUCUGCCUCUUGCCAAGGCCUGGAUGCUCACACGACCUGCCCUUCUGCGCCUAGAAAUAGCUUGAGAGCUGAACCGGAAUUGGGCCCACAGGCCACUACAGCAAAACCAGGGGUUCCUUGUCAGCGGUGUCCCAGCCCCAAGCCUGCCAUGCAUUCCCCUGCUGUGGUCACUACCCAGCAGGGCCCGGCUCUCUCUCUCCGGCAGCCCCCACAGGACAGGAGCUGCGGGCUCCUUCAGAGCAGCGGUUGCUAUGCAGCCUUGUUUAUUCAAGGAGAGCGUGGUAGAGGCCGGCAGCGCACCAGCAGCAGGGCCAGGGGCCUGUCCUCUAGUCCGGGGCUGGCCAGGCGUGGGGCCGCCUCAUCCUUGCCCCCCUGGACUCCUGGGCCGCAUCGUCCGUGGAGAGACCACAGAGCCUGGGCUUCUUCAGUGACAGGGGUUGGCCUCUGCGUGGAAAGGCCCGACAAGGAUGCUGCUUUCCUGUGGAGGGUGUCCAGGCGGCUAGUCAGACAGCACUGCUGAUCUCCCAUGUGCCCACCUCUGCCCGGGACCCACCCCUGGCGUCGUGGUGGGUGCGGAUUCACAGCACAGCAUCCCAGCCGCUCCCUACCAUAGGUCUCUGGAUGUUACAAGCUGUGGACCUCUGGAUCCCCAAGGACUGCGUUCACAGCCCAGGAAGUAGCAGCUGCCUCUGGACAACCUCCCAGGCACCUUCACUGAUAGGGGCAUGGGCACCCGUGAUGCUGUCCCCCCAGCCAAGGUUCUGGUCCCGGUGGCCGUGUACCAUGGGAGUGUCCCUCGGACCAGUGCCGGGCCCCGCGCACUUCCGGGCGGAAGCAGUGACUCCAGGCUUCGGACUUAUGGAGAAGCCUCCCUCCAGCCAGCUCCAAGGGUCCUGCAAGAGGAGCCGUUGCAGCCCUUGAGUGGACAAGUGGAUCCUGGCAACCUCAAGCUGGAUGCCCCUCCAAAGGGAUGGCAGGCCAGGAAUGGCCACCCCAGGAACAUUGCUGCCUUAUCUCUGGGGCCCAACCACCCGGCACCCUUUUUGGAGUCUGAGGCCAACAGUGUGGCCCGGGACACCACCCAGAUCAAGGACAAGCUCAAGAAAAGGAGGCUCUCAGAGGGCUUGGCAUCAUCUUCCCAAGUCUCUCUGGAUCCUUUGGGAGGCCCCAGAGGAGUUCCUCUGAGGAGCUUCAUCCCCCGGGCCACCUCUCAGAGGCUGCUGAGGGUGCCCAAGCCGAUGCCCCUCAUCCAGAGCAUCCCCACCACCCCUGAGGCUGGUGGAGCCAAGGAGAAUGGCCUGGAUCUGCCUGGGAGCAGCCAGGGUCCCCAGGAGCUGAGACCCGGAGCCCAGGAGGUUCAGAUCUCCAGGCACUACCUGCACUGCAAGGAUGAGAAGAUGCACAAGUCACUGGGGGGUCUUGUGAUCCCGCCCAUCCCAAAGGCCGGGGUGCCCGCUGGGACCCCCUCCGGUGCACCUGGCUCCCUUCCCCGCCUCCUGCCUCCAGGCCAGGAUGCCCUCACGGGCCUGAGGGUCCCCCGCACACGAUUGGUUCAGGAGAGUGGGCCUCGGGAGAAGACCCCUAAAUCUCUGGAGCCAAAACCUUCGGCUCCACCUGCCAGAGACAGGUCUGAUGCCCCCGAGAAGGCUGCCCUGCCUUCAUCUCAGUCUGCUUCUACGCUGACAACCUUCUCCUUCGGCCAUGCCAAAGAAGCCCGCCUCUUGUUCAAAGAAGAGGACCAGAGGGAGAGCAGUACCAAGAUCCAGGUCACCAUCUCCAAGUCUGCCCAGGAGAAGAUGCGGCUGAGGCAGAUGAAGGAGUUGGAGUUCCAGAGGGCACAGGAGCCGGAGAGGGAGAGGGAGCUUGCUUCCCAAAGCCUGGGCUCCCGGAGAGCCCUGGUGAAGGAAGGCCUCCUUCCCCUCCGGGGCAGUGGAACCUUGUCUGUGUCCACUGGGCUGAGCAUCCCACGCAGAAACAUGGGUGUCACCCUCAGGAAGCGGGCCAACCGGGCCUCACUACCCAGCAUCCCUGUCAGCAAGCAGGAGCCCAGCUUUGCCCGCCAUGCUUCAGCCAACUCACUCCCUGCGGUGCUUGCCUUGGGGUCUCCCGAAUGGGAAGAAGAGGAGGAGGAGAUGGCUCUCAGAGCCUCUAAGGAGCUGAGGCCUUUCUCGAACCCUGAGCUGGGGCUGAUGGAUGCCCUCCAGUGCCUCGAGAGCAGCGACUGGCAGAUGAAGGAGAAGGGCCUGGUGAGCAUUCAGCGCCUGGCGGCCUGUCAUUCAGAUGUCCUUGCUGGGAGGCUGCACGACGUGUCCUUGGCUGUGACAGGGGAGGUCACCAACCUCCGCUCCAAAGUGUCACGCCUGGCCAUCAGCACCCUGGGAGACCUCUUCCGGGCCUUGAAGAAGAACAUGGACCAGGAGGCCGAGGAGAUCACCCGCUGCCUGCUCCAGAAGAUGGGGAAUACCAGCGAGUUCAUCCAGAGAGCGGCCAACCGGUCCUUGGGGGCCAUGGUGGAGCAUGUGACCCCUGCCCGCUCCCUGGGGGCCCUCACCUCAGCGGGCAUCUACCACCGAAACCCCUUAGUCCGGAAAUGCACUGCCGAGCACCUCUCAGCCGUCCUGGAGCAGAUAGGCGCCGAGAAGCUUCUCUCAGGCACCAGGGACAGCACAGAUAUGCUGGUGCGCAACUUGGUGAGGCUGGCCCAGGACUCCAACCAGGACACCAGGUUUUAUGGCCGGAAGAUGGUGAAUAUCUUGAUGUCGAACACGAAGUUUGAUGCAUUUCUGAAGCAGAGCCUCCCGUCCCACGACCUGCGGAAGGUCAUGGCUGCCAUUAAGCAGCGGGGAACAGAAGACAGUGAUGGACUUCCAUCUGCCAAGGGCCGCAAGGUGUCAAGGAGUCUGGUGCUGUGUGAGAACGGGCUGCCCGGCAAGGAUGGGCUCAGUUCCAAUGGCCCUCGGCUGGCAGGGCUACGGCCCUCCAUGCACAGUGGCCCGGAGGUGGUGGAAUGGCUUCGGGAGCUGACGCGACUGCUGGAGGCCAGAGAAUACCAGUCUCGGAUGGAGGGCGUGGGGCGGCUCCUGGAGCGCUGCAAGGCUGAGCCAGAGCUCAUCACCGCCAACCUGGUCCAGGUCUUUGAUGCUUUCACCCCAAGGCUUCAGGACUCCAACAAGAAAGUGAACCAGUGGGCCCUGGAGUCCCUUGCCAAGAUGAUCCCCCUCCUCAAAGCAAGCUUAAACCCUAUGCUGCUCUCCAUCAUCAUCGCUGUUGCAGACAACCUCAACUCCAAGAACUCGGGGAUUUAUACCGCCGCCACGGCUGCGCUGGACGCCAUGAUUGAGAACCUGGACAAGCUUUGCCUCCUACAAGCGUUUGCUGGGCAGGUGCGCUUCCUGAGUGGCCGUGCAGUGCUUGAUGUCACAGAACGUCUGUCCGUGCUGGUGGCCUCUGUUUACCCCCAGAAGCCCCAGGCCGUGGAGCGUCAGGUCCUUCCGGUCCUCUGGUAUUUCCUGAACAACAUGACGGGGAACGGUGUCCUGCCUGGGCAUGGCAGGAACGUCCGCGUGGCAGUGUGCCGGCUGUCUAGGGGCCUCCAGGAACAGAUGGGCUCCCGGCUGCGGCACCUGGCUGCUGGCCAGCCAAAGCAAGUCCUCAAAAUGCUCCAGGAACUCUUAGACACAGAAUCCCGGUGAGGCAGCCCCAGCCAACGUCACCUACAGAGGGGUGGCAUCUGACAGCAAGACAACUGGCAGCUCGUGCCCCUUUCACCUGGGUUACAGACGGAUCUGAAAUGGGCAGUCAUUAUUUUUUAUCUUACUUGAUUUUUAUGAUGGAACAGUCUCCCGGCCGGACUUUCUCUUAGAGUUCCAGAUGCACAUAGUAUAUUUUGAAGUAGGA